UUAGCGCUUUGUUUCGUCCAUGGCCGCCGUGCUCUGAGGGGGCAGGGAGGCUUAGAUUCUCGCCACUGGAGCAGGCACUUCCCCAACUCUAUUUUCUAUUCUAUGCCCUUUGCUGGGCUUGGGCGUGGUGUCCAACCUGCCGAGCAGGAAGCAUGAGGGGACACUACCCAGAACCUUUUGCUGAAACUGUCUGAACCAACGACGGAAAUUUUGAACGUGAUGGUGAUGGGGGUGGUGCAUCGGGCUAUGCGGGGGCCCCAUCCGGUCUCAUCGAGGCCACCAGUUCUGGAACCAUGGAGACUCCAUCCCAACUGGGCACCUCCCAGCUCGGCGGGUGGUCGUCUAGUGGGCUGCCCAGGUACCGAAGGAUACAUUCAGGUACUACACCCAGCCUUGUGCGGCAACUCUGUCUAAUUUCGUGUAUCUUUCAGCUGCUCGGGUAGCGUCCAGAGUCAGCAGCGGCGCCAUUCUCCACGAGCCAACGUAGCAGUAGCAGCACUGGUGGUGCUUUCCCUUGUUUUGCCACCCUCAUCCUGCCGUCAGCCUGCAAAGUCCUGCCACCUUGGUCCGUCUCUCUCCUCGGUCGGGCGAAAUUUCAUGGUGCUCAAGUCUGGGAUCGUGUGUAUGCACGACUCCUGAAGCUUGUCCACACAGCUUCAACGGUCAUGUCGUCGCUCGGCUGCAGGGGCGAUCUGGAAGUACCGCCAGCCUAUUUCCAGAUUGCGGUAUAGUCAAAGAAGGGAGCACAGAUAGCGUCGCAGAGUGGUAGAGAAUAUAAUAGAAGUCCCGCCUGAUGGCCCCGAACACCUUGACCUAGACAUCAGCCAGACACCAAGCCAGCCGGCCCCUGCCUGCUGCUGACAAGUCUCCCUCCCACGCGCUAGGCCUCCCCUAUUGGCCAAACACGGGCGCCAUCCCCCUGUCCCGUCAGUGCCCUUCCAGCCGGGAUCCGCCCCAGCGCUGCCUUCCUGCCUUGCACGGAAUCAGGCUCUGGAAGCGUGUCCCCCCAAAACCCAUCCCGCCCAGCCGCCGCACGCAUGCACAGGACGCACGUCCGUUCUUUUUUCGGCGUCUUUCUUCUGGCAUCAUCGUCCACCCAGGACAAAGCCGCAGGCUAGCCCUUCUUCCCGUCAACCUCCCACCAUCCUCACCUUUCCGUCAGCCCCCAGGCCCAAGGCAGGUACACACGCACUUGCGGUCCCUGCCGUCGUCGACACAACCUCCCCCCCCCCUCGAGUCCAAGGAUUUGAUGGGACAACAGAUCUCAUAAUGGCGAUUGGCGGCUUGGUGCAGAGGCUCCGGGCCUUGGCCUUUGCCCUGUGGUCGAGGACUAGCAGGCGCAUUCGUGUCCUUGGCGCCAUGGUCAUGUUUUUCAUCCUCGCAUUAUAUCUCUCGGGCCCCGUGUCCAGGAAACUCGACGUCACGGUCCCCAAGGUCCGGUUCGACUACAAGAAGAACCACUCGCCCUUCAACGAGACCAAGGUCGCGCUCCUGAUCGAGAACCGGCCGAACCCGAUCCUGGCGCCGCUGAUGCUGCACUUCAUCUCGGUGGUGCCGCCCGACUGGCGCUUCCGCUUCAUGGGGUCCAUCGAGUCGGUCGAGUGGCUCAACCGGUCCGUCGCCAUCCAGGAGCAGGUGUCGGCCGGCAAGCUGGACCUGACGUACAUACCCUCCAACAUGACGACGGGCAGCCAGGAGGAGAUCAGCCGGUUCCUGACGACGCUGUGGCUGUACGAGACGGUGCUGCAGCCGGCCGAGCACCUGCUCGUGUUCCAGACGGACAGCAUCCUGUGCGCCAACUCGCGCAAGAACCUCAACGACUUCCUCGAGUACGACUGGAUCGGCGCGCCCUGGAACCCCGAGGGCCGCUUCGGCGGCAACGGCGGCCUCUCGAUCCGCCGCGUCUCGGCCAUGAUCCAGGUGCUGCGCGAGCAGAAGCGCGUCGACGGCACCGAGCCCGAGGACGUCUGGCUGGCCGACCGCCUGGGCCACCGGCCCGGCGCCAAGAUGGCCAACGGCACCGCGUCCCUUACCUUCAGCGGCGAGAUGUGGGGCGGCAAGGGCGCCGAGGUGACGGACGGCAAGUCAAAGGGCUACAACAGCACCUACACGGCCGCGCUCGACGGCGAGUUCGUCGAGGGCAUCGACGACUGGCGCAAGGGCUUCUACGAGCCCAUGGGCUACCACACGGGCGCGAGCGGCGCCACCACCCACGGCCCCAUCUGGGGCACCCCCGAGAUGCGCAAGCACAUCUGGGACUACUGCCCCGAGGUCAAGAUGACGCUCAAGAUGGACGCCGCAAAGUACAUACCCGGCGACUGCGGCCCCUACUGGAAGCGCGGCGACGGCGAGCUCGCCGACGCCGUUGUGAGCGACGUCGACAUGGGCUGGGGCACCGAGAUCAUCGAUGGCCAGGAGUACCCCAUGCUCCCGCCCAACCUCAUGCCCUGGUAGGAGAGGCUUCGAUUUUCAGCCGUCAUGUUUUGCGCGCAAUGGGUGGUGAAAGGUCCUGGUCGAGCUGUCGACUUGUUAAAAUGUGAUACCAUAUCGUUCGUGGAGGGCUUCUUUUUUUUUUUUUUCCCUCUUUCCAGGGGUGGACGGUUCAGUGGAAGGACAUGAUGUGACGGAAAAGAAAGAGACGCGCGCGCACAAGACUUGGUGGAUUUUUCUGUUUCUUUUUCCCAGACCUGUCGCAUGUUGGACUAUACAUGGAGUUCUCUGGCGUUGUUUUCUGUUAUUUCUUGCUCCGUUUACCACCCGAUUUUUGUUGAAUUGACUAUUCUCGUUGUCUGUUGUGUUCGGUGAUUUGCCUGUCCAUGUCUGCACACGAGAGAGAGAGAGUGCCUUUGGCGUGAUUUCGACAAGGGGGGCGGAUGUAGAUGAGGGGUUCGGCUUCGCGGCGGCGUGGCGGUCGUCGAAUCUAAGAGUUGAUUUCUCCGGCACUUGCGCUUCAUGCACUCAAAGGAGGAGAGGGGGGCACCGUGGCUUCUUGUACUCCAGACCGUCUAGACGCCCAACGCCUCUGCAAGCAUGGCUGAACUCUGACUUGCGGAAGUGGGCCGUAAACAUCACCACUCGUGUGCAGGCAGGGAG